GAGGCAACUCCCCAGAGAUGAGACCGUCACAGGUGAUCACAGAGGCAGCUGGGACAGGUGACUGUGCGGAGAUACCAGCAUUGAUAUCCUUCUCUGUGGAUGAAGUGGCCGAACAGCUGACUCUGAUGGAUGCUCACCUGUUUAAAGCAGUGCUGCCUUUCCACUGUCUUGGCUGCGUUUGGUCCCAACGAGACAAGAAGGAGAAUCAGCACAUGGCUCCCAGUGUCCGUGCUACUGUGACCCAGUUUAAUGCAGUCACCAGCUGUGUGAUCACAUCUGUGCUGGGAGAUCUGGCCAUGCACAUCCCCCAGCGUGCGCACCUGCUGGAGAAGUGGAUCCAAAUUGCUGGA